AAUGGUGAAAUUCUCAAUUUAAGCACAAACACAUGGGUAGGGUUUCCAAGUGAGAUAGUUCAUUAACUAUAACCUAUUUUAUACAUUUUGAAAAUCCAUUUUUAUUGUUGGUGAAUUCUCCAAUUAUAACAGAUAAAAUGGCGAGACAAUUCUCAAAUUAGUCUUAAGCAAUUCUGGUGCAACUGAAUCUAACCAAGCAAUUCCAUAGGAUCAAUUCCAAACCACACCAUUUUGGAGUUUGCAAUGACAGAAAGUUGAGAUUCUUUUCUGUUAAAAGGCAUAGCUAAAUUCUCGAGGCACCAACCAAUGUUUUCUUCUCUCAUUCUCCUUCCAUGCAUAUAUAACCAUGGCUCACUCCCACCACAUUCAUACCCCUCUUGAUUCAAACAAAGAAAGUACAGAACUUUAUCACCCGAAACCUCAAAAACUCUCUCCUUUGUCCUUCGUCUCCUUCCAUUUCCGAUCGAUGAAGGCGAAGUAGGGCAGUGUUUGCCCAACGAGCCAUGCUGACACAGAUGAACACACCAUGAGAUCUUAAACCAUCAUCGACCCUGGGAGGACCAAAAUGGAGAUGCAGCGGAUGAGGGAGUUGUGGUCACUGUUUUUGUCAUUUGAAAGCAAGAGAGUGUUCCUUGUGGGUGGAAAUCACACUGCAGCCAGAUUUUGCUCCCGCUAAAACUAUUAUCACCCCCACAAAAAACUCUAUUCUCCUUCUUCUUCUUCUUUUUCUUCUUCUGCUACAUAUAAAAACUCUCUUUUGAACUUCUAAAAUAUCGUCUUCGUGUUUAUUUAUCUUCUUGUUGUGAUAAGUUAACCUAAUAGUUCUGAUAUGAGGAAGCUUUUUUCUCACCGCGUGAUGCUUUUGGCGUUGUUUCUAACUCCCUUUACCUUGAUAUCUUCGACCUCAGCGCAAGAACAAGAAACCAAACCCGACCCUGUUACCAUGAACAUGGGAAGAACGCAGAGAAAACUAUUAGGGUACGUGCCGGAGGCGAAAAAAGCUGCGUUGCAAAACCUAGAGGACGUGCUUCUGGAACCCCCACGUGCGGCUUCGGGGAAAUCGAGGGUGUACUUGAAGCGUACCAAGUAUUUGCCUGAUCUGAUGGGUGAUUCGCUGGAGGGUUACCCUCGGCGCGUUUUCAUCGAUGUGGGGCAAAAGGAUGCGGAGAGUGGCUCCGACUGGUUUAGGAAGAAGUACCCUACGAGGAACAAGAACUUUGAGAUGUAUAAGAUAGAGGCUGUGGCUGAGGGUGGCCCACAGAUAGAGAUGUCGGAGUGGUUGAGGAAGAACGUGAAGGAGGAAGAGUAUGUGGUGAUGAAAGCUGAGGCUGAGGUGGUGGAGGAGAUGAUGUGGAGUAAGGCCAUAAGGUUGGUGGAUGAGCUUUUCUUGGAGUGCAAGCCACAGCAAGGGAGUGCCAAGAGGAAGAACAGAAGGGCCUAUUGGGAGUGUUUGGCUCUGUAUGGGAAAUUGAGAGAUGAAGGUGUGGCUGUGCAUCAAUGGUGGGGUUGAUUUGGUUCAAGGUUUUCAAUUUCAAUCGGUUAUGAUUUUGUUCUGAUUCUUGAUCUAUGAUAUUGUGAGAAAAUUGCAGACAUAAGAAGCUGCUGAUAUAUCUCAGAACACUUGUUUUCUUGCUGUCUAAAUCGUAGUGAUGAACCGUUUUUCAAAGCCUUAGAUUGGUUUAUAUUGGUUGAUACUGGUUUAGUAGAAACACUAUAUAUAAGAGGUUUGAUUUCAAGACUUUUGCGGUUCACAGUGUGAGUAGUUCAGAUAACGACACUGUUUUUGAGGUUGAAGAGUGAAAGUUCGUUCACCCAGGAGUUUUAAUUUUUCUCUCUUGUCUCCUUUUGAUUUAUUCUUUUCUUUUGCGGCUUGUGUUUUUGACAGUUUGAUCAUUUAUUUAUGUGAAAGUUUGUGAUAGGAUUUUGUUGGCUGUGAAAAGGAUCGUGAGAACAUUGAUCAUCAUGGUGUUACAGUUGAAAAAUUUGUUCAAAGGGAGGGCCGAACUAUAAUUUUCCUCAACUGUCAUCAUUUAUGUGUAAUGAUUUAUUCAUAUUCUUUAUUCUUAUAUUUUUUUUCCCCAUCACAUCAU